AUGGAUUUGGAAACAGCACGUGCAAAUUAUCCAAACAGACUAGAGAGGUUAGAAGAAGAACGUCUUAUGGACAUGCCUUUCGAUGUUAGUGAACCUCAAGUUGAAGGACACGACGGCUUUGCCAGAUUCUACUGGAAACAUGACGAACAAUUGCAUCCUUUGAGAAGGAAAAAAGGAAAAGGUGAAGACGCACAUGCUCCCAUGGAAAGAACAAGAUAUGCAUAUGAAAAGUAUCGUGAAGUUAGAAGUCAAAUUACAUCUGGUCGAACCUUUACAGUAAACUUUGACGAAGGAAAGAACAAAGAAGGCUUCAUGGGAGUACUUGCUGCCAUUCAAGACGGAAAUAAGAAAGGAUACAAUCUCAGACUAACCGUAACAGAUUUAGAUGGUCACAUUUACUAUGCGCAUGGCAAUGAACAAACAGCCGCACAACUUCUUGACGCUUUCAAGACUACAAAGAGAGAACAAAUGGUUGACUCCGACUCAGACAUUUUGAAUGCAAUUGAAGGAAUUGCAAG